ACAAAACAAAGUUUCAUUAUAUAAGAGAAGUUCAGAAAAUAUUUUGAAGAGUAAGAGAUGAGAUGGGGAAUCACAAGUUCAAAUUUUCAGAUAUGAUCCCAAAUGCAUGGUUUCACAAGCUCAAAGACAUGACUAAACAGUCUAAACCCAAAAACAAACCUUCUUAUUCUUCCUCAAACACUUGUAACAAGAAGAAACUCUCCUCGGAUUCUUUUCCUCAUAACUCUUCAGCCUCUCAUUUCUCCAACAGCUUAGUAGCUAACAGUCCUCACCACAACUUACCAAGAAACUCUACUCACAGAAAAAGGAUGAGUAAAAGAAAGACAUUUUACAAGCCAUCUCUUAAACCAAACACUCCUCCUUUUGCAUCUGCUGGUUUUGACAAGAGCAAGAUCAAUGGUCAAGAUUCGUCUCACUACACGUUUCCAGCUCUUGAAAGGUCCCCUAAGUAUUUUGUGUAUAGUUUCUACAAAGAGGAGGAAGAUGAAUUCGUUGAUCAUUCCAACUUUAAGAUCAAAGCAAACAAUAAAGCUUUCACAGAGAAAGCUUGUCCUGCAAGAAACUCAACCAAGAAACCGCUAAAACCCCAUCUUUCUGUGAAGAUUAAUAAAGAGAAAGAAGAAGAUGAAGAUGAUGAAUGCAUAACAGAGAAGAAAUACCAAAAGCAAGUCUCUAGUGGAAGAAAAUCACCUUCAGGGAUAAACCUCAGAAGAGUAAAUUCACCUAGAAUUCAACUCUCAGGUACGCGUAGAAGCACGUCUAGAUCAGAGAACAAACAAGCUUUUCUUGAGAGUUUUGCAGUGAUGAAGAGUUCGGUUGAUCCAAAGAAAGACUUCAGAGAAUCAAUGGUGGAGAUGAUAGAAGAGAACAACAUCAGAGCUUCAAAAGACUUGGAGGAUCUUCUUGCUUGUUACCUUUCCUUGAAUCCAAAGGAGUAUCAUGAUCUUAUCAUCCAGGUUUUUGAGCAAAUCUGGCGUCAACUUACAAAAACCAAGUAAAAAAAAAACCCCUCUUAAUGUAAUGUCAAUAAUUAAUUAACCUCCGGUAACAUGAAUAUUAGUAUCUUUCUGUCUUGUGAAGUUGUAGUUUUAUGUUUUUUUCUUUUCUUUUAUUUAUUUUUCUUUUAAG